UCUCUCUCUCUCUCUCUCUCAAAUCCCACUAGUACUAACUGCUCUUAAAUGCCUAUAAGUACCCAAACCCACAUCGAGCAAAGCUUCAGAGACCAUUCUCAGUUCAUUACUCAAUUUGCAUUAGACCCACUUGAGUUCAACUUUUAAUUUUAUUGAUCAACCUGUGCAAUGGCCAAAAAUGUGGCUCAGUCUCCUCUUGAAAGAAGCAGCAUGGUUUCACUAGACCAGAAGCUAGCCAUGGCCAAACGCUGCUCUCAUGAGGGUGUUGUGGCAGGAGCCAAGGCAGCUUUGGUUGCCACUGUUGCAACUGCCAUUCCAACUUUGGCUAGUGUGAGGAUGCUGCCUUGGGCAAGGGCCAAUCUCAAUCACUCUGCUCAAGCUCUCAUUGUCUCCACAGUGGCUGGAGCAGCAUAUUUUAUAGUAGCAGACAAGACGGUUUUGGCAUCAGCGAGACGGAACUCCUUCAAACAUGAGUGAUCAGACCACUCUCUAGCUAGCAUAUACAGUUCCUAUUGUAUGCUCCCAUGAAGUCUUAUGCUUUGUAGUGUGUAACAUAAAUAAAAUGUAGUUCAACUCCAAAUGCAUCUCAGCCUUUGUGGAUACAUUGGGGAUAUUUAUAUCAGCUUGUUGGAUUUCAGUUUUUUGUUGAACAAGCUUAGCACAUAGGUCUUUCCUAUGGU